AUUUGCAAACCCCCUGGAUUGGCGUUAUACACAUAGUUGCAUCUAAUUUUGGGUAUACCAAUUACAGGGAUUGCAUAUAGUUACUCCAAGGGAACGCAAUACGCCAGCGACGUGUAAGCACCAACUCUCCUCCUCUUGAGGCUUGCCUGACAUGUGAAUUCCUGAGAUCAUAUCACAUCGCAAACAAUAUUAUCUUUUUGCCAAUACUUGCUUUCUCCUGCUGCCCUAUCGUUGCGCUAGUCGGGCAGCCUCCUCGUCUGAGACUCGCUCUCUGGUGCUUACCCGGCGUGCUUCAGUUCAGCUCUACUAUGACUUAAUGGAGCAUCGCGCGGGGAGCAUUGACUAGGAUUCCUUUAGUCGCCGAAGGGUGUCAGCCGUGAGCAGGCAGCGUAAUGUUGGCGAGGGAGGCGCAUUUGAGCGAUACGGACGCUGAUCGAGGCUGGUACCGGGUGCAGCCGGAGUCGCUACUGAGUGGCGAGCAGCAACCCAAACAGCACCAGCAGCAACCGCACAUGCAUCCGGAAAGGGCCCACCACGACCACCACAGCCACCACCACCAUCACAAAAACCACAGCACGGACCAUGCGGGCCAGGUGGAGGGGCACAUCAGCGACCACGCAGCAACGCGCGGACCCUCCGACAGCGGCGGCACCGGCGCCGGCAGUCCGCCCGCCGUCCCCUCGGUGCUCACCAAGCUGCAAAAGUGGGGUGACUAUGCGUCUGUGGGCUCGCAGGUGCUGCCCUCCAAGUUCAUCCCCAUGAAGACCCCCCUCAGCGCGGAAAUCCUGGACAGCUGGUCGCUGCCCUCGCAGCCCAAGCACCGCCUCACCGUGCCCGAGAUGCUGGCCCAGCAGGCCGCCCUGGGCCGCCGGGUGGGGCUGCUGCUGGACCUCUCCAACCACGACUGCCUCUACACCGCCGACAUCCCGCCGCACCUACGCUACCUGCACAUCCAGCUGGUGGCCAAGGAGCUGCCGCCGCAGGACUACGUGGACGCGGUGGUGGCGGCGGCGAGCGGCUUCUGGGCGGCACACCCGGAGGAGUACAUUGCGGUGCACUGCGCGUAUGGUUUCAACCGCACGGGUUUCGUGGUAUGCUGCUACCUGAUCGAGGUGCACGGCCUGAGCGUAGAGGAGGCACUCGCGGCCUUCUCGGACAGUCGCCCGCCGGGAGUCAAACACGAGCAGUUUCGCAAUGAGCUGUACAGACGGUACGGCAGCAUCUCGCCACGCGCAACGCACUUGUACGGCACUGCGUUUGGCAGCCCCGACGAUAACUCCAGCUUUGGUUGCUCGCCCAGCUGCGCUAGUUUGGACUUGCGGGAUCUGUGCGGCGGGACUCCGCUGCCGCUAUCCUGCGGCGGCUCUGGAAUAGAGCUGUUUGGAGGAAUUGGCAGUCCGGCGGGCGGGUUAAGUCGACGGUCGUUGGACGGCGCGUGUAGCGUUGGCGGCGCCGUCGGUGGUGCGGGGAUUUACCGGCAUCAGACGCUCACGUUUACUUCCUCAACAUCCGCAUCUGCAGCGACGAUGCUUUCUGAGCUUCGGCGCGGUAGCAGCGGCGGGAUGUGGAUGCAGCAGCAGCAGCGGUACGGGCACCAGCAGCAGCUGCUGCUGCAGCAGCUACAGCUGCGGAGCUCGCAUGAGGAGCACG